AUGACAUCAAAGAAGCGACUUGAAUGGCAGAAUCUGCUUCUGAUACUAACAGUGCUUCCCUCCUGCAGGAGUUUGCAGGUUUCAAUCCCGCAGGAAGAAUAUGAGGUCGCGAGCGGAGGAGAUAUAACUCUGACAUGUUCCUUUAUUCCGGCAAAACCCGACUUCAACAUUCUGGUUCUCACAUGGGAAGCGUAUCCGGACGUCGUCGAGGAUCCAAUGGAACCUGUGGCCACCUAUUUUUUAAACAACGCGGUCGACAUCGCACCCGCAUAUGAAGGCCGGGCGUUCAUGGAAGUGGAUGUUGCCACACAACAGAGCACACUGCAACUAACAAAGCUAACCGUACAGGACAGCCGUCACUUCCAGUGCAGCGUCAAGAUACCCGAUGACGACGAAGGAACUACCGCGUCCUCCACUUCCCUUCUGGUGUUGGUUCCUCCCUCCAAACCUCUGUGCAGGCUGCAGGGAACAGCAGAAUAUUGGCACAAUGUCACCCUCACCUGCACGUCUCAGGAGGGCUCCCCGAAACCGACUUAUGAAUGGAAGAGCUACAGUGUAGAAAACAUACUGAGAAAAUUUCCACCCAAGACCACUGAGGAGGAUGGAGCUCUUUCCCUGUUCAAUAUUUCAAGAGAGACUUCCGGAUUCUACAUCUGCGUAACAACAAAUCGAGUUGGCUCCGACAAAUGCAACGUUACCUUAGCAGUGAUGCCUGGCGGCAUGGACUUUGGGGCCACCGCGGGUAUAAUUGGUGGUGUCGUCGCUGGAUUUCUUCUUCUUGGCAUUAUCAUCUUCUGUUGCUACAAGAAAAGGUCCAAAAAGCCCAAGAAUGCUAAAGGUUCCCCCAAAGAAAUUGAAUUUUCAGAUGCUCCUGAAGCUCAGUAUCGGGAUGAAGACUAUAAUGGUGAAAAAAAGCAGUCAGACUACAAAGACGCCGUUCCUCAAAACAAUCACAACACGGGAACUGCUGGACAUACACCAGAAGAAGACCAUCGGAGCGAGCGAGACCAGGAUAGCCAGCGUGAUCAAUACCAUGGUAGUCGUGAGCGCCUUGAUCUGAAUGAGUACAUACGUCGUCGCGACAAGCUCGACGAUCACCGCGAUAGACCAGAUAGGUUUGACGAUCAGCGUAAUCGUUACGGUGGAAGUCGAGAUCGCCUCGAAGAACAGAACGAGUACAGAGGAAGUCGCGACAGGCUCGACGAUCAGCGCGAUCGCAACAGUCACGAUAGGCUCGAUGAUCAGCGUAAUCAUUACCGCGACAGCAGAGAUCGCCUCGAAGAACGGAACGACAGCAGAGGAAGUCGCGACAGGCUCGACGAUCAGCGCGAUCGCAACAGUCACGAUCGGCUCGAUGAUCAGCGUAAUCAUUACCGCGACAGCAGAGAUCGCCUCGAAGAACGGAACGACAGCAGAGGAAGUCGCGACAGGCUCGACGAUCAGCGCGAUCGCAACAGUCACGAUCGGCUCGAUGAUCAGCGUAAUCAUUACCGCGACAGCAGAGAUCGCCUCGAAGAACGGAACGACAGCAGAGGAAGUCGCGACAGGCUCGACGAUCAGCGCGAUCGCUACGGUGGAAGUCGUGAUCGCCUUAAUGACGCCUAUGAUCGCUAG